AUGGCUGGCUUGGUGGAACAGCAGAUCCAUCGGGAUCCUGCACUCUUCUACUGGAUCCUGCUGCCGAUCACCGUGGUGAUGAUCCUCACCGGCAUCCUGCGACACUACCUUAGCACCCUGCUGCAAGUCACGCCGAAGAGACAGGCGAUCGAAAAGACCCGCGAACGGAACUGGCUCCUCCGCGGCCAGAACCUCCGCAACAACCACGCACAAGUCUCCAAAGCCGCCUUCGAGAGGCGGAAGGACUACUUCAUCGAUGGCGCGAGGGAGGGGAAGUUCCUGGCGGACCCGGAGAACCGCGGGAAACCCAAGGGCAACCCGAUGUCGGACCCGGCGAUGAUGGAGGGCAUGAUGGGCAUGAUGAAGGGGCAGGUCGCGACCAUGGUCCCGCAGACUCUGAUCAUGGGCUGGAUCAACGCGUUCUUCUCGGGAUAUGUCAUCAGUACGGUCUAUCGGGUGAAACUUCCGUUCCCGCUCACGCCGCAGUUCAAGCAGAUGUUACAGGCGGGCGUCGGCACCCGUGACCUGGACGUGCGAUGGGUGUCGAGCCUGAGCUGGUACUUCCUGACCCUGUUCGGUCUGCAACCCGUGUACAACUUCAUCCUCGGGAGCAACAACGGUAAGACCCCCGCCACCCAACAGAUGGCCCAAGGGCAAAUGCCCGCCAACCCCAUGGCCGGGCAAGAAGACAUCGACAAGAUCUUCGCCAGCGAGGCCGAGAACCUGGAGGUCAUCGAGCACUGGUAUAUUCUGGACGGCGUAGAAGAUAGAUUACUCGCCAGGCUCGGGAACGGUUCAUAG